AUGGUGUUUUUAGCUGGAUAUAAUCGUCGCAGCGAAUGCACACAGAAGACACCCUUUAAACCAGUAACAUUAAGUAGAACUGGAUAUGUCAAACCGGAACCAACGACACCUUCUGACAGUAUUCAAACCAAAGAUAAAACUACAAAACCUAGCAAUGGAAAGAAGCUUAGGGUAUCCAAGAAAAAAUCACCUCCUCUAAAGGAGGCCGUUAAACAUAUCCCCCAGACACAAGAAUCACUAGUCAUCACCAGAGUACAUGAUCCAAAGAACCAACUAAGUUCAUUGGUGAAAAAUGCCAGAAAGAACAUGAACUCCCUAAAUGAACGUAAUGAACGAAUCAAGAAAUCCAAACAACAAUCUCGAAGUAGAUAUGGUUGGUAG